GGACAGUUUGUAUUCAACGUCUCAGGAAGAAUGUUAUCUUUUAUCAUCUUGUCGCUUGUUCUACGUACCAUUCAUGGUUCUGUGAUUGCACCACCACGAAUCGUUGGCGGUGUAGACGUCCUGCAGGGGGAUUUCCCGUUUGCCGUGUCGAUCCAUCUGGCCACACGCGAGCUCUCCAGCUGCGGAUCGGGUUACAUCUGCACCGGAACGCUCAUAUCCUCCUGGGCGGUCCUCACCAGUGCCCGGUGUGUCCAAAAUGGCAGUGGAGUUCGAGUUCCGGAAGAGCUGAAACUGCUCGUGGGAACCAAAUCGAGGACCAACUGUAGCGAAGCGGUAGAACUUUCGGUGGAGGACAUCCGGACGCACGAGGGAGCAAAUUUGGCGAUUUUGAGACUGAAGUGGGCGGUUAUCAACGUGGAGACAGCUGUUCUGAACGAGUACCAACAGGAUCUUGGAAAACAGUGCAUUCUGAUUGGGUGGGGGGCAAAUGGGAAGCAAUCCGGGCCGGUUGAGCGAUUGCAGGAGACUUACGUAAGGGUUGUAGCGUGUUCUGACGGUUUAGUUUGUGCUGUGAGCGAGCGGGAACAUGCUGGAGCAUGCCAUGGUGAUCUUGGGGCUCCAUUGCUGUGCGAUGGGUCAGUUGCUGGUAUUUUGGGCAACGAUCCCAAGGAAUGUGGAGGGCAGAUAACGGUAUUUGGCGGAGUUCGAGCAAACUAUGAGUGGAUUCGGUCACAGCUAUCGAUUACUUCUGUAGUUCAAAGCUGGACCAUACUUCAUAUUUUAGUUAUUUCAUUAUUUGCCAAUUUUGUGAUAAAUUGAAUCAAAAAUCAGUUGAAUUAACAUCACAAA